AUGGAAAAUCAGAAUAUAAUAGGUUCGGGAGAACAAUUAAAAAUUGAUAAUACUUCAGUAUUACCACAAAAAAACAAUAGAAAUAAUAACAACAAUAGCAGCAAUAGUAAUAGUAAUAAUAGAAAUAACAGAUACAGACAUAAUAAUAAUAAUAAUAAUAAUAACAAUAAUAAUAGAAAUAGAGUAAAUAGAAAUCAUUAUAAUGAAGAUGAAGACCCAGAGCUCUUAUUAGCUUUUGAAAUUAGUAAAGCUGAAUAUGAGGAACAACAAAAGAGAAAUAAUACAUCAUCUACCAAUACUACCAGUACUACUACUAAUACUACAACUACCACAACAACAAAUACAGCACCAAUAAAUUUAUCAAACAAUAACAAUAGUACACAAACCCCGCAAACUAACAGUGGUGGUUUAGAAAAUAAAAGAGGCAAAAAGGGUCAGGUUGAUAUGACUCAUUUAUUAAAGUUUCAAUCAACAUCACCACAUCAUCGUAGCCCAUAUAUAAAUUCAUCAUCACACAUUAAUUCAAAUUCAUAUCGUCCACCCAGAAAUAACUAUCGUGGUAAUUCAUCAUCAAAUAAUCAUAAUCAUAGUCAUAAUCAUAAUCAUAAUCAUAAUAAUCAUAAUAACAAUAGAAAUAAAAACAAUUAUAAAAAACCAAUUCAAGAUACUACAUUUUUACAAGCAAAUUAUUUAUUUAAAAUCAACCCCUUUGGGAAUUAUUCAAAUGCACUUAGAGAGGUCGAUAGUAUUGUUUCAUGGAACAAAGUUGAGCAGGUCGUAUAUUUAACACAUGAGGAAACUCAGUUUCAAUGUCCAAUCUGUUUAGAUAAUCCAGUUAUCCCAAAGAUUACAAAGUGUGGUCAUAUCAUGUGCUAUACAUGUAUUUUAAGAUCAUUAUUUCAUACCACAAAAUGCCCACUUUGUUUAUUACCAAUCGAAUCAAAGGAGGAUUUAAAGAGUUUAGAAAUUAAGAAAACCAAAAAGUAUAAAGAUGGUGACGAAAUUUCAUUGCAAUUGGUCAAAUAUCAAGAGGGUUCAACUGUACCAUUCCUUUCGACUGAACCUAUUCCCGAAAAGAUUUCAUUCCCGCUAAAUGGUGAAAAGAGUUGCUUAUUCUCAAAAUUUUCAAUUAUCAAAAAUAUCAAUGAAAUUGUUGACGCAGAAACCAACCAAGUUAUUCGUAGUAGGGAGGCCGCCAUCAGUGAAUGUGAUUCAGAAUUACUCAAGUUUUUAAAUGAGGCUUUAUUAGGUAUCCAAGAUAGACAGGAGUCAUUUAAAAAAUUACUUGAAACCAGAUCCUCUGAAAAUUCAACUUUUAUUACAAUACCAAUAAAGAGUUCAAACAAAAAAGAUUUUGACAGUUAUCAGUGCAGUAAUAAUUUUGAAAUUAGAAUGGCUUUGGAAGAGUAUUUUAAUUCAACAGAGCAGGAUUGUUCAACUCCAGAUGAAAAUUCAGAUGAUGAAGAAAAUAGUAGUUUAAAUAAUUCAAAUACAAAUUUAUCUAAUAAUAAUAGAAAUAAUGAUAGUAUCAAUAGUAAUGAAAGUAAUAGUAACAUCAACAUUAAUAAUAGUAAUAAUAUUAAAGUACCAUUAUCAACACUAUCAUCCACCAAUAGUGUACCAGGUGCUGAAUUAAGCCUAGAGUCAUUUUCAUACGAAAAUCAACCAUCAAAUGGAUUGUUUUAUUUAUAUCAAUCAGAGGAUGGCCAAAAGAUUUAUUUACACCCAUUAUGUAUGAAAAUUUUAGAUUAUGAAUAUAAAAAGGCCAAUACAUUACCAGAUAAAAUUACAGCCAAGGUUUAUGAGUUUGAGGAUUAUCAAGUUACAGAACAAUCUAGAAAACAGUAUAAAUCAUUCAAUGUUUUGGCACUUACCACUGGAAUCACAUUUGCAGAAAUUGAUCUUAGUUCAGUUGUUUCAAAAGAAACCCUUCAACAUUUCCAUAAAGAUAUUAAAAAAAGAAAAGAUGCAAGAUUUAAUAAAAAGAAAAAAGAACAAAAAAUUCAAAGAGAUAAAGAACUUGAAAGGGCAAAAGAUUUAGAAAGGGCCCUUGAGCUAAGGGAAAUCUCUAGAAAAGAGAAACAAUUAGAAAUGGAAAGAGAGGCUCAAAGAAUUGAACAAGAAAAGAAGGAUAGAGAAGAGCAAUUAAAAAAUUCAGCAGGUCAAAAAAUCAAAAGACAAUUAGGCUUUUUAGAAGCCAUACAAACUCAUAAAAAUAUUGAUUCACCAGAUGAAUUCCCUUUAUUAUUUGCAAAAAAAUAA